UGCAAUGUGCAAAGGAUUUGGGUGCAAAUUCAGACAUGAAGCAGAAUAAAGUAAAAUCCAAAACAAAAAUAAACCAGGCAUUCCCAUGCAUUUGUAUUAAUGCAAAUGAAAUUGUCUUGCAAUCAAAGUUCAAAAAUAUGAGUAAAAGUCUCGUUGCGGGGAAGUAAAAAGAAAAUUAGGGCCCAACCGGGUUCGAACCAGUGACCUCUUGAUCUGCAGUCAAAUGCUCUACCACUGAGCUAUGGACCCAAUGGCGUUAUUUGGGCGAAAUAAUUAAAUAAAAUAAUUCACAUCGCAUUUCAAACACGCUGCCAUUCUGGUUCGCGGCACAGGCACUUGUUUGGUUGAGAGAGCCCCCCGCAACUGUAGCAGACUCAGCCAUCUAUGGCCCUUCGUUCCCGCCCUUUCUUCUUCUUCCCCUUUCGACGAGAGAUAGAGGAAAGAAGAUGGUUACCAUUCGCUUCUGUGUUCCCUUCUGUAAUGUCUUUGUUCGGAAUCUCUGUACAAUUUCACCUCUCUCUCUCUCUCGGCCUUUCCCAUACUUGCAAGCAUUAUCUUUCUGAUCCAUCAAAACCCAAAAGAAAGCAAGUAGUAAGGUGAUGGAUGAGCAAGAAUACCAAAAUGAUGGAUGAAGAAGAAGAAUCAUUUGAAGAUGCCGCAGAAACGCCCCUAUCCGUGAUAGCAGAGGCGUUCGAACAGCUCGCCAAGUCCAUCGCCACCAGCUCCGAUGACCUUCGAUUGGAACCCUUCUGCAGCGCCUGCUCCCUCGUUUCCGUUCUCUUUGGCUGCCUUGGUUUCGCUUUCAAAUUUGCCGAGUCGGAGUACGUUUCUAAGGUAAAUGAUUUAACAGAAGCAUCAAAAACUUAUGAUACAUUAAAGAAUGUACUUGAUCACGAUGUUAAAAAUGAUACUGUGAAAAAGCCAGGGAGCCUUUCACGUAAUUUACGCAGAGUUAGACAGGGUCUUGAUCUCAUCAGAGUUCUAUUUCAAAACUUCUUGUCAACCAAUGACUACUCCUUAAAGGAAGCAGCUUCAACAGCUUAUGCACAGGUAUGUGCACCAUACCAUACAUGGGCUGUCAGGACAGCAGUUGGGGCUGGAAUGUAUGCACUCCCAACAAGGGAACAACUUAUAGUCAAGCUAAAAGAAACCGACCACUCCGUAGAGAAGGAAAUGAGAAGGUACAUUAAUGCCUCACUUCCAGUCAUACAAUACAUUGAUAACCUUUACAUUUCUAAGAAUAUCACUUUAGACUGGUAGCAUGAUCUGUUAAGAUGGUCAGCUAGCACUAUACAUACACAGGUUUUGUUGCUAUCAAUCAAGAGCAACAAGAGGAAGACAAUUUAUUUGCAAUGGCUUUGAGAUGCAUUCAAGUCUAAAUCAGCUUAAAAAGCCUUAUUCCAUCUUUUCUGUAAUUAUUUUUGUUGUAUAUAUGAAACCCUUAUUUUAGUGAAUCUUGAGCAACUUUCUUUGGUUCGUCUGAAA